AUGAGGCACACGCUGACUGGAAUUCAUCCUUGUUUUUCAGAGAGUGUCAAAGACCUAAUCCGGUACUUAAGACACGAAGAUGAGACAAGAGACAUUCGGCAGCAACUGGGAGCUGCACAGAUUCUACAGAAUGACCUGCUACCCAUUAUCACACAGUAUCCUCAGGAGAAGGUGCUGUAUGAAGCAGUUAUCAGAUUGUUGGUAAAUCUAACACAGCCAGCACUUCUGUGUUUUGGGAAGGUUCCUGACAACCCUACCUUCAGACAUCACUUUAUGCAAGUGGUUUCAUAUCUGCAGGGGUACAAAGAGGCUUUUGCAGAUGAAAAGGUGUUUGGAGUGCUCAGUGAAAAACUCUAUGAUCUCUUACAGCUGGAUUGGGAGCAGAGGCAGGAGGAGGAUAACCUACUGAUUGAAAGGAUCCUGUUGCUAGUUCGAAAUGUUCUACAUGUACCCCCUGAACCUGAGGAGGAGAAGAAUAUUGAUGAUGACGCCAGUGUGCAUGACAAGGUAUUAUGGGCAAUGCACAUGAGUGGGAUGGAUGAUCUCAUUAAGUUUUUGGCAACUUCCCAGGAGGAGCAACAGUGGGCCAUGCACAUUCUGGAAAUAAUCUCCCUCAUGUUCAGAGAUCAGAAACCUGACCAACUUGCCAUGACAGGGCAAGCAAAAACUACGGAGCAGAAAGAAAAGGAGUCCAGAGAGCUUGAAAUCUUAAAGCAGAGAGAGUUAGCAGCGAAGAAGCAAAGAACCUUUGAAAGAGGAACCAGGCAUUCUCGUUUUGGCGGUACAUACCUCAUACAAGGCUUGAAGUCAAUUGCAGACAGAGAUGUUGUUUGCCACAUGGGUAUCCACAAAUUGAAAAAUUACAGCCAUGACACUGGCAAGAAGACAAACAGAGUACCAAAAAGAAAACAAGCAGCAAAAGAGGUGGAGAAGAAACAUCGUUCUGCUCUGAAUGUCAGACUGUUCCUGAAGGAAUUCUGUCUUGAUUUCUUAGAAAACUGUUACAACCGACUCAUGUAUGUAGUAAAGGACAACCUCAUUCGUGAGAAGGCACAACAGUACGACGAAACCUACUACCUCUGGGCAGUGUCAUUCUUCAUGGAGUUCAAUCGGGUAUACCAGUUCCGUCCUGAGCUAGUGUCGGAGACAGUCACCAUUCGAGCGUUUCAUUUUGUGGAGCGAAAUAUUACCAACUACUAUGAAAUGAUGCUGACUGACAAGGCAGCAGCUGGUUCCUGGUCAAGACGAAUGCAUCUUGCGCUGAAAGCUUACCAAGAACUGCUCAACACAAUCAAUGAAAUGGACCACUCCAAGGAUGAAAAUCUGAGAGAGAGUGCCAGAGUUAUCAAAUGUAAUAUCUUCUACGUUAUGGAGUUCCGAGAGUUGUUCUUAACAUUGUUCCGAAAAUAUGAUGCAACCAAGCAACCCAAGUCAUUCCUGAAGGAUCUCAUUGAAACAACCCACCUUUUCAUCCAGAUGAUUGAGAAAUUCUGUAAAGGCCGGAGCAACCUUUUUGUGCAGAAAAAGAAGUUCAAAAGGAAGAAGUCAAAAUCAAAGAAGCUUGCUUCUACUUCAUCAGAAAAAUCCCAAGAAGAACUCGAGGAAAUCUGGAAACUGACAUUGGAGGAGCUCGACAAGUGUGCAGAGGGCCAAGAGCCACUCUCUGAUGAUGUUGUUCCAUUUGAUGCUGCUUUGGAAAUCCCUGUGGAAGAGCAGCGUGCUGAAGCAAUGAUUCGUAUUCAAGAUGCACUCUUGGCUGGCAAAGCUGCAGAGGCUCUUGUGCUUCUCCGAGCUGCACGAGAAGUAUGGCCUGAAGGUGACGUUUUUGGUUCUUCUGACUUGCGACUUGAGGAGGAGUCCGAGUUGCUCAAACAAAUACUGUUUGCGAAGUUACCAAGGCAGCCCACUGUAGAGGCUGAAGGAAUUGAUGAAUUCCGUGAUGAAGAGAUAGAAGAAGAGGAAACUGAAUCAGUGAGAGUUAUAGAAAAUGAAUUUAAUUUUCUGGAUUAUCUGAAGAGGUUUGCUAAUGCUGGUGUUGUGAAACCAUACGUCCUCCUUCUGAAGGACUACCGGCAGAACACUCCUCACACCAAUCACUGCAUUGUGAAGAUGCUGUAUCGUCUAGCGUAUAAUUUGAAAAUGGAUACCCUUCUUUAUCAGCUGUCAGUAUUCCACCUAUUCAGUCAAAUUCUGGAAGACCCAGCAUCCAGCUCGUACCAAGAGCUGGUAAAGUUCUCCAAAUAUGUUUUGAACCGAUUCUUUACUUUAGCUGCUAAUAACAACAAAGUAUUUGUGGAGCUGCUAUUCUGGAAGAAUAUUGCAACCAUUCGAGAAAUGACUGAAGGUUACAGGAAGGAUGAGCAAAGUGGAGUAAACAAAAAGGCUCCAACCUGGUCAUCAGAGGAAGAGGAGGAACUUGAAACAUUGUAUCUAAGAUUCAAAGAGGAACAAGGAGAUAAAGAUGUCAUUGACAGUAUCAUGGAAUGCAUUAAAAAUGACACAAGGACCAGGAGGCAGAUUGCUGCUAAACUGGUUCAAAUGAACCUCGUGGACAGUAUAAGAGAUUUAAAGCGUGUCAAGAAAGGAACUAAGAUUGUGCUUUGGAGAGAGGAGCAAGAAAUGGAGCUUGAGACAUUGUUUGUGGAGUUCAGAGAAUCCGAUGAUAUCCUUGGUAAUAUCAUGAAAAACAUAACCACCAAACGAUCCAGAGCCAGGAUUGUUGAUAAACUGAUCAGCAUGGGCCUUGUUUCUGAUAGAAAAGAACUCUACAAGAAGCAAAGAAAAUUAACAAAAGGAGCAAAUCAGGAGGAAGAGGAGGACUUCCUAAAUGAUGUGGGCUAUGAUGUUGUUCAGGGGUUGUCCGAUGUAGAUAAUGAACUGGAUGAAGAUGAUAGCAGUAAUGAUGAGACAGGAGAGUCGAUGAUUAAGUUCAGAUCAAGAUACGCUGCAAAAGGAGCUGGACAAAAGAUGGGCCUGGGUGAGAUUGACCCAGCAAUCUCGAAUCUGUGCUACAAACUUCGGCAACAAGUCAUGGAAUCUUUCUGGCGUAUUUCUGCUAACCUGAAUGUUCAGCAGUUGCGCAGGAUUGCUUCAGUUAUCACCCUGCAUGAUGGUGGAUGGGAUGCAGUAGAGCGAAAUGAAGAUGUUAGUGCAGAUCAGAGGUCUGAGGUCUGGCAAGCUCAAAUGAUGGCCAGGGAGAGGAAUGCCACUCCUGCUAAAGUUGAUGAUGAAUCCAAAGGGAGAACAGAUCAAGCUGAUGACUCCCCCUCUGGAUCAGACAGUGAAACGAAAGGUGAUGGUGAGAAGAGCAAACAUAAACAUCCGCUAAAGCGGAGUCGCCUGCUUGAUAGUGACGAUGAACUAGAUGAUGAGGUGAAAGAACCUGUUGACACGGAGAUGAUGGAAGAGCCUAAGACUGACUCUGACAUGUCUGACUCUGACGUCACCCACAGAGUGAUUAAAAGGCGGCGGAGAGCAAUUGAAGAUGAUGAUGAGGAUUAAUUACAAUGAAUUUGGUUUUUGAAAUGGUUUUGAACACUGGACUGAAGAAUCAUUUUCAUGUUCAUCAAAUAUUACAAUUCUUCAUGUAAGUUUUGAAAGCAGUUUCAUUUGCUGAGUGAAUCAAUAGAGUAUAUACUUUAUGCACACUAUUUUAAACUACCUGAGUUUGUACUCGCAUUUUAAAUGAAAUUUUAUAAUGUCAAUAAAAAGUGAAGUAUUCGGAGUGAGAAAAAGUUAUGGGAUUGUACAGGUUUCUUGAUCCAUAGUCACCUUUGAAAAUGAAGGAGGAGAAUCUAUGGAGAAACCUUGUCAUUAUCCUGGUUUCUUGUUUGGGUGUAAGUUGACUUCUUAUCCAUUUCAGUUAAUGUGUAUGUAACCAACCAUCUGUAAUCUUUUUUGAAGUAUUUGCCAUGAAGAGCAAUAAAACCUCGGAUUAGGACAUAAGGUUCUCCUCAUUGUAAUAUUUAGCCUUGUGCAUAUCAAUAUUUGAUUUGAUGUUUGGUAUAGUGUUGUCUCCAACUUAGUCAGUUUGUUUUAAACCUGACAUUUGGGAAUUUUCUACUUUGUUUAUGGCCUGAAAUUCAUUACAAUUUGUGUGGCUUGAAUACUUUAAAUUUGACAGAUUUACCUUGAAGAAAGAACGUCUACACAUCACUCUUCUGCAGAUACUGAAUAGCUGAGUUAUUUAAUAAAAUAGGGCAGACUCAUAGGAGAUUUAUCCAUUUUAUAUAAUAUGCAAGGUGAUUUCUGCUAUGCAUUUUGGCAACAUUGAAUUUGGCUUGUCAAAGCCUAUCCCUCCAGUUAUAUAAUGUUUCCACUGAAAUCCAAAUCUCUGGUACCCUUACUCUUCCCAUUACUGCAUCUAGCUGUGUCCAUUGCUUCUACUCUCCUACUCCACACCUUUCAAAAGGUCUGAUCAAAGAAGUUUGUUUUAAUAUUGAAUGAUGUUAGUAUUUUAAACGCUAUUGUGCUACAUACUUCACUUCUAUUUUUCAUUUACCAGAGUGAAAUUUCCUCUGCUUCCAUAUUGAAGCUUGAUAUUCUCAGAGAGAAACCCCCCAACUAGACUUGCGUCAAGGAGGUUUCAGUGCUGGAGAAGUUAGAUAUUAAUUUCCUGUUGGCUGUAAUUGGCAGAUUAUAGUGAAAUAUUGGAACUGCCCAGUGUACCUCACCAGAAUAUUACCUGUUAGCAUGGAAGGGCAAUACGUUGCUCUGCAAUUUAGCCCACAAUGAAUUCCUCAGCUGUUCCCUUUGUGGAGGGAAAAUAACUGCCAAGCAAUCCGUCAUAUAAAAGAGUUAAUGAACCAAUUAAAUGCUGAAAUGGGGGAAAUCUGUGAUCUUUUUGUGGAUGAAUAAAAUUAGCUGGCUUACUUUACUCAGUGGUCAUUAACUUGCGAUCUGAAAGUGCUAAGACUGUUGUCUCCUAUUGAUUAGUUAAAGAGAUACUUUGAUCAAAGCCUUGCAUGGUAAAUAACUUGUAAGAUGGAAAUUGGAUUAUUCCACGAGCAUGGUGCUUUGUUUUCAAAUUUUAUUGUGAUAUUAAAAGAAACUGAACAUCUUUGUAUUUGAUUUGUAAAUACAAGUGAUUUUUACAGCAUAAUCCAAAAACAAAUAUAAGGUGUUGCAGUAUAAUUAUAUUUUCAACUUAAAAUUAAAAUUUGUAGCGGGUAUUA